AUGCCGGACCCCAUCAUUCCACGCUUCACGCCGCAGAAUAAGGCGACCCACGAACGUCUCUCGACAAACACAGUUGGUCUCGUAGCGCUAUCCGACUUCCGCAAGCGAAGAGCAGAGGUCCUCGAGCAGCAGGAGCGCGAAGCUCGCGAGGCGGCCAUCUCGGGCACGUCCACUUCGGCACCGGACCGUUCCCUGACGGGCAGUCCUGACCAGGCCGCCAGCGACAGCGCCAGCGGACCCGGCGCAGGGCCACUGAAGAAGAAGAAGAAGAAGAAGAAGAAGGAGAAGGAUAAGAACCAGCAGCGGCAGCAGCAGGGGAAGAAGCUCUUGUCGUUUGCCGACGAGGGAGAAGAAGGCGACGGCGCGCUCGCGUCCGAGGAGGCCAAGACCACCGGGCCGGGGGGCGACGCGGAGGCGGCGAAGCGCAGGCUCAAGGCCAACGCAUCGGUCGGCGUGGUGCCCAGGGCCGUGACCAAGGCGGCCCUGCUGAAGGAGGCGGCGGAGCGGGAGGCCCUGCGGCGGGAGUUUGUGGCCAUCCAGGAGGCGGUCAAGGCGACGGAAUUCGCGAUCCCCUUUAUAUACUACGACGGAGCCAACAUACCGGGCGGGACGGUGCGGGUCAGCAAGGGCGAUUUUAUCUGGGUGUUUUUGGACAGGAGCCGCAAGGUGGCGGCCGAGCGAAGACCCGGCGAGCAUGGCAACCAGCGACGGGCUUGGGCACGGGUUGGCGUGGACGACUUGAUGCUGGUGAGAGACACGGUCAUCAUUCCGCAUCAUUACGACUUUUAUUUCUUCAUCAUCAACAAGUGCGUCGGGCCCACGGGUCUCCGCCUCUUCGACCAUGGCAGCGAAGCGCCGCUGGACAAGGAGGGCUCGGGAAACGAGGCUGGCCCGUCCGGCAUCAACCACCUCAGCACGGCGGCAUCACGAGCCGCCGCGGCCCAGAGCGUCGCCGACAUCAAGACGCUCGAAGGGGCAGCAGACGAGCCCGCCCGGACCAAGAUAGUCGACCGUCGGUGGUACGAGCGGAACAAGCACAUCUACCCCGCGAGCACCUGGCAACAUUUCGAUCCGGAAAAAGACUAUGCCGGCCAAAUCCGCAAGGACACGGGGGGCAACACGUAUUUUUUCUCCAAGUGA